AGAAAUGUACCCUUCUCUGUUUGCCCCUCUCGGCCAUGUUGACUGCUUCUAGCUUCACCCUACUUCUUGCAGAGGGGUCGAAACAAGCCGAACUCUUCCAAAAGGAAAAAAUCAGUGUAGAGGGAAAACGGUGGCCGCGCGCUGAAAACACCGUGUCGGGGCACCAGAGCACAUUUUCACACUCUUUCUUGCUCGAUGGGAAAGUGAGUGUGAGCUUUUUGUGUCCGUCAUGUGUGUAUUAGUGAGUGUGUGUGAAGAUGACCUGAGUCGGAGUGUUUGAAGAGGAGGAAAGUUUGAGGAAAAAGCUGUGCGGUAAUAAAAUGGAGAGAGGAGCUGAGAGUGGGCUGAGGAGGCUGGCGGCGCUGGAGACCUCGACAAUCCUGCCCUCUUACUCCCUGCGUCGACUGCAGCAAAAACAGCGAGAAGAUUGAUAGACUUUGCAUUUCCGUAAUACCCGAGGAGAGGAUAGUUCUCUUUUGGAACUUGGUGUCUGUUCUUGUCAUCUUUCAGUAUUGUGGCAUUGAAAGCUUCUGUCUGUGCCUUUGGCUGGCACGGGUUAUGAGGAUGUGCUGCCCGCAUCGGGUACGAAGGAUCCUGACGUGAUGGGGUGCAGGACAAGCAAGGUCCUCCCAGAACCACCAGGAGACGUGCAGCUAGAUCUUGUCAAGAAGGUCGAGCCUCAGCAAACUGAUGUCUAUAAGAACUUUAUACGUGUGGAUGGCAAUGACAAAAAAACUGGCUCUCCUUCCCCUCAGGGUCAGAGUCAUGCCACGGGUGCCACUAAUUCCCCUACAGCAGGAAAAGGCCAGAUGGAGCCUUCUGAACCACGGCGAAACAAAGUGGCCAAGUACCGGGCCAAGUUUGACCCUCGGGUGACAGCUAAGUAUGAGAUUAAGGCACUCAUUGGGCGUGGCAGCUUCAGCCGGGUGGUGCGGGUUGAGCACAAGGGUACACGCCAGCCAUAUGCAAUCAAAAUAAUCGAGACUCGAUGGCGUGAGGGCCGCGAGGUGUGUGAGUCGGAACUGCGAGUUCUGCGGCGUGUACGUCAUACCAACAUCAUCCAGCUGAUGGAGGUUUUUGAGACGGCUGAGCGUGUGUACAUGGUGAUGGAGCUGGCCACUGGAGGUGAGCUCUUUGACCGCAUCAUCGCACGUGGUUCCUUCACUGAGCGGGAUGCCACACGUGUACUCCGCAUGGUGCUGGAUGGAGUGCGCUAUCUUCACAUGCUAGGCAUCACACACCGUGACCUCAAGCCUGAGAACCUGCUCUACUACCACCCUGGUGCUGACUCCAAGAUCAUGAUCACCGACUUUGGUCUAGCGAGUACACGCAAAAAGGGUGACGAAUGCCUCAUGAAAACCACUUGUGGCACGCCUGAAUAUAUUGCCCCUGAAAUCCUGGUACGCAAGCCUUACACCAAUGCUGUGGACAUGUGGGCACUGGGGGUUAUCUCCUACAUCCUGCUUAGUGGCACCAUGCCCUUUGAGGACGACAACCGCAUGCGCCUCUAUCGGCAGAUCCUGAAGGGGAAGUACAGCUUCUCUGGGGAGCCGUGGCCGAGUGUGUCCAACUUGGCGAAGGAUUUCAUUGACCGCGUGCUCACUGUGGACCCGAGCGAGAGGUUGACGGCCGGCCAGGCGCUCAAGCACCCCUGGAUUGUUAGCAUGGCUGCUUCGUCUUCCAUGAAGAACCUACAGCGCUGCAUCUCUCAGAACCUGCUCAAGAGGGCGUCGUCGCGCUGCCAAAGCACGAAGUCAGCACAGUCGACACGCUCCAGCCGCUCGAGCAAGUCAGGCCGAGCACGGCGUGUACGAGAGAAGGAGCUGAGGGAGCUCAACCGCCGUUACCAGCAACAGUACAACGGCUGAAGACAGGAAGCCACAGUCACGCCUUACGUGCUGGUACCGACACUCUGGGACCCACUAGACAUGUGCCGAUAAUCUUUACAAGGACAAAAUUUACAAACGUAUUUCAGACUUUUAUGAGUGACCCAGAAUUCUAUUCAGAAGAUAGCUUAAUGUUUUAUCAGAUUUAAAAGCCUCUUCACAUGGAUCCUUCUUCGUGAAGGCAUUCCUAUAAUCCUGUUCACCAAAUUAUAAAUCAGUAAAAGGUUAAAAAAAAAAAAAAAAAAAGGAUGGCAAACAGAACUGUCACUUGGUCUUUUCUGACUGAAUAAUAAAUUUAGCCACUCUUAGAAUAUCUUUAUACCUUAUGAAAUUCUUGCCGUGAGGGAACCUCAAAGAAUAAUCUGCAUUAUCAAAUAUAAUAUCGGCACAUGCCUAGGACCCACAUGCUGUGAGCAGAGGAGGUAAAGUGGCACAGGAGUGGUGUGUACUUACGAGUCUUAUUGAAGAACUCUGAGAGACGACGCGCUCGCUGACCACAGAGCCAAUUAGCAAAGAAGUAUCUUACUCACACUCCAGUCCAUCUUUGUGCUAGUGUUUUCCCUUCAUGUUCAUGUUAUUUGUAUUUUUCCUCCUUAUUUAUUUAUUGUUCAUGUUUUUUUUCAUUGUUAUAUUGUCUAUGGAGUUACUGUCUGAUUAAGCCUUUACCUGAUUGUAUUAUCUGUUGAACAGAAUUCUACAUAAUGAAGUUGCUGGAAGGACUACUAAAUCUGUGUUGGCUGUUUUUAGACCUUCCUGAUUUUUGCUGUGAAUUAUUUUUGUUAACUGUUAUAGUUCUAGGUAGUCACUCUCUAGGGUGAUCUUGAUGCUGUUAAUUAUUUCCCAUUUAUUACAGUUUAUUGUGCCAAAAAUCAGUUCAAAUAUGAAGGUUAAACCAUGCCUUUUCUUUCUAAAGAAACCACUUGGGUGAAGUAGUUAUUUAUGGGAGCUCUUUUACAGCGAGUUGUCUAUUGAUGCUGCUUCAACUGUCAAGUAAUUCCUGUCACCUUUAAACAUUUUGAUUUACAGAUGGAUCUACAGUAUAUAACAUUGAUUUACAGUGUGUAUUUAUCUUUAAAUAAAAUUAACGCUCAAGCACUUGAGCUAAUAUGCAGUACUUAUGAUUGCAUAAGUUUCAUUCAGCUGUAGCCAUGUUUUAUGUGUGAUCUUAUUCCAGCGAUCAAAUCAAUCAGCUCGUCAAACCAUGUCACAUAUCUGAUACUUAAUUCAGCGUUUUUAAACAGUGGGUAUGUUCACAUUUUGUUACCAGGAUCAACCUGCUAUCUUGUCUUAAUUUAGGAAUUUUCCCACAUUUGUGAAAGUUAACCAUUAGAUUUAUUAUUAAAUUUUAACACUGUAUUCAUUUGGGAAAGGAAUGAGGUGUUUUUGUUGUUUUUACCCACUGAAGUGACCAAAGACACAUUUGAAGCAAUAAUAGCUCAUUGCAUAUAUACUUUCUUGUUAGUGUAAUCAUCUGCUAUACCUUUCUCAUUCCAAAAAUAGUUAUCAUUUGGGAACAUUGAAAUAACAUUGAGUGAUAUUAAAAAGAAAAAAAAUUUUUAAUUCUACUUCUUUUGGGAAAACCACUGUUUCAUAAUUUUGUUUUUUAACUGAACAAGAAGGUUGUUUGAAGGGAGGAAAUUUAAGAGUGUUAAUAGAUUGAAUUUAUACCUGAUGUAUUAAUAAAACGAAUCUUUGCCAAAUUGCCAGUUUUAAGGAAACAUACCGGAAAAGAAAGUAUGGAGUGUAACAAAAUCCUGGAGUUCUCAAGACAUUCAGUAUGUGGAGUUCAGUUGUUUUUGUAAACCUUGUUUAAAAAAUGUUUUUAUUCCCCCAUUUGAUGAAGUUGAUCCAACACUGUCUCUUGAAGGAAGAGUGUAAAUUUGUGUUGUGCUCAUGUUGGUUUUGUUUUAUUGAAGAUUGAUGUUGGAUCAUGUUAAAUAACUUUUUCCCCCCAGAAUAGUGAAUUGUUAGUUUUUAUCAAAUGUCUCAAUUAAAGAGUUUCA